UGGGCUUGGUCCACAGAAGUCGAAUCUUUUUUUUUUUUUUUAAUUAUUUUUAUUUUUAUUCUAUAAAAAGAAUACAACAAAAAUAUAAGCAAAAUAAAAUAAAAAUACAUCGAAUUUUGAAAGACUCUCUCAUCUCAGCUCAGGAACAGGAAUUCAUUUGCUGAGAAAUGGGUGUUACAAAGGAACAAGUUCACUCUACUUUGACCUCCAAAUUGAGCCCUAUACAUCUUGAAGUAAUCGAUACAUCGGGAGGAUGCGGUGCAAGCUUUGCUGUUGAAAUUGUCUCAGAACAAUUUGAAGGGAAGAGGUUACUGGAAAGACAUAGACUUGUCAAUGGUGCUUUGGCAGAAGAGAUGAAGGACAUUCAUGCCCUUUCAAUUAAGAAAGCUCUCACGCCAGAGCAAUGGAAACAACAGCAAGAGUCUGAAAAUUCAAAAACUGCAGCUUAAAUAUGCUUUCUCAUCACAACAAAUCAGAUACACACUAAAACAUGGUAGAUCAUAAGCACGAAAUUGUUAUGUUAUAUUGUUUUGUGCGAGGGCAGUGUCACUGAGCCCUCCUCUCACUCGCUUUUAAUUGAUGUUUCUAUUUUUUUUAACAAAUUGAUGUUUCUAUUUAAACCUCCUCUAACUUAUGUCUUUAAUUUUUACCCUCUUUUUUAAAUUAUAUUAUCUUUACCUA